GUGCCUCGCGCCGCCGCCGUGGGUGCGGGCCGCUCGCCGCCGCCGUCGCGCCGUUCCGCUCCGCUCCGCUCCGCGUCCCCCGGCCCGCCCGCCCUGCUCGCCGCCGCCAUGGGCUCCCUGCUCAGCCGGCGCAUCGCGGGCGUGGAGGACAUCGACAUCCAGGCCAACUCGGCCUACCGCUACCCGCCCAAGUCCGGAAACUACUUUGCAAGUCACUUCUUUAUGGGAGGCGAGAAGUUUGACACCCCUCACCCUGAGGGCUACCUUUUUGGCGAGAACAUGGAUCUAAACUUCCUUGGGAAUAGACCUGUUCAGUUUCCCUAUGUAACUCCAGCUCCACAUGAGCCAGUGAAGACACUGAGAAGUUUGGUGAACAUCCGCAAAGACUCUCUCCGACUUGUGAGGUAUAAAGAUGAUGUUGACAGCCCUACUGAGGAGAAUGGGAAGCAGAAAGUCCUGUACAGCCUGGAGUUCACGUUUGAUGCAGAUGCCCGUGUUGCCAUCACAAUCUACUGCCAGGCUACGGAAGAGUUUGUUGGUGGCAUGGCAGUAUACAGCACAAAGAAUCCCUCUCUGCAGUCGGAGACAGUUCAUUACAAGAGAGGGGUAAGCCAGCAUUUCUCCCUGCCUUCCUUCAAGAUUGAUUUCUCAGACUGGAAGGAUGAUGAGCUGAACUUUGACUUGGACCGUGGCGUGUUCCCUGUGGUCAUCCGAGCGGUGGUGGAUGAAGGGGAUGUGGUGGUUGAGGUGACAGGUCAUGCCCAUGUUCUUCUGGCUGCAUUUGAAAAGCAUGUUGAUGGCAGUUUUUCCGUGAAGCCGUUAAAACAGAAGCAGAUCGUUGACCGGGUGAGCUAUCUGCUUCAGGAGAUCUACGGCAUCGAGAACAAAAACAACCAAGAGACCAAGCCUUCAGAUGACGAGAACAGCGACAACAGCAACGAGUGUGUGGUUUGCCUGUCUGACCUCCGCGACACCCUGAUCCUGCCCUGCAGACACCUCUGUCUGUGCAAUUCCUGUGCUGACACCCUGCGCUACCAGGCCAACAACUGUCCCAUCUGCAGGCUGCCCUUCCGCGCCCUGCUGCAGAUCCGGGCUGUGAGGAAGAAGCCGGGAGCUCUGUCACCGGUGUCGUUCAGCCCCGUCUUGGCACAGAGCGUUGACCAUGACGAGCACUCUUGUCCCUUUAAAGCUCUUAAGGUGAGCACUGUCUCCCUGCCCAGCAGGAAACCUAGAAAGGAAACAAGCUCUGACAACAUCCCUCCAGGCUAUGAGCCCAUUUCCUUGCUGGAAGCACUGAACGGCCUUCGCUCUGUUUCCCCCACCAUCCCGUCAGCUCCUCUGUAUGACGAAAUCAGCUACUCUGGCGUGGUGGAUGGGAUGCUGCCUGCUGGCCGACCGCUUGCGGGGAUGGACAGAGCUGUGGAGAGCAGCCACCAGAAGAGCAAGCGGAGCAAAUCUCCAGAUAGCACACUACGGUCUCCCUCGUCCCCAAUCCACGAGGAGGAUGAAGAGAAGCUCUCCGAGGAUUCCGACUUGCAGCCGGCACUGAGCGGUGGUGAGCUGGUCCUGAGAGAGACCAGCUCUCCAGAAAGUGUGGCAGGGGAAGAGAUUGAGGAGGACUCAUCCCUGCAGCAGGGUAGCCACCUGCCCUCUGUUGAAGACAUCCUGCAGGAUGGCAGCUGCAGCGAGCACAGGAGCCUGACGCAGUCGGAGAGUGAACCCCCGGUAGACGUCUACCUGCCAGCACUGGGUCCUGAUUCCUGCUCUAUUGGUAUAGAGGAGUAAGCUGGCUCAUCCGACUUCACCAAGAUGCUCCCCAGCCGUGGCACCGGCAGCCCCACGCAGCCUCUUCUCUUCGAGCAGACGCGUCUUCACCUGGAAGAUGAGCAGAGCCUCUCGUGAGCGGGGCCGGACCUCCCUGCCACCGGACCCCAGACCCCCAGCACAGCCUGUCCCCCGCAGCGGGGCUGGCCCGCGCUCACCGCCCCGGGGAUACGGCGUGGCGUAUCGCACCGGCGUGGUUGUGGCACAGCCCGGCUUUUUAAAAAGACGUGCAUGUUUCCUGCUAGCGGUGGGUAGGGGCUGGCGUCGUGUUUUUAUGUGGGAGGGGGGUUUGGGGGUUAAAAUCAGCAGAUGAAGGACAGACACUACCGAUGUAUAUUUUGUACACAGCCAGCACAGCCCUUUGCUGUCACUGCCCCUGUACAUAGCUGUGAGCCCCUGCCUGCCCUGGCAGCUCCGCGGGGUGCUGGGGUGAGCUUUGCCGGGAUGCAGGGUUCUGCGUGGGGCUCAGCUCCGUCCCACCCCGUUCGGGAUGCCCGUUUGGGGUGGGAGAGGGCUGACCCCCGCACUCCCCCCGCGGAGCCCGGCGCUGCCCACGCCGUGUGCCUUGUUCUGCUUCUGCGGCGGGUCCCUGGGCGACCCCCCCUCGAUGUUUGUAGUAAUAAACCCGUGGAGCAGC